UAUUCCUGGAAAUACCCUCGAUACAUUUUUAGCUGUGGCAUGUAGUGUAAUAUCUUCUCUUCGCGAAGAAAGCUGUAGAAAUAGUGCUGUUUUGUCCCAAGCUGCAUUCCGCGGGUGUAAUUACAUUGCAAGAAAAAAAAUCGGGGUGGAAACAUGGAAUCUGGGUUCAACUGCAAGCGGAAAGAAAUUACUUCCAAGAAGCGACAUGCAGCCGGCAGACAAUUCUGUCUACAUUCCUCUCCAGAAGAUACCAUCCAAGAUUGUUCGCCAAAUAAGCAGCUUAUGACGGACUUUGACCUGAUGAUGAUUCUCAAGAGAAAGAAACACAUUUACCGUCGCACCGGUAGCGAUAUCGAUGUAGUAAAAAGAAAUGAUGAUCAGAUACUGGUGCUCCUGGAAACGAUGCAACAGGCUGCCGACCAGGACCGACAGCUCAACCGCGCCAAUAAACCGGCCACAAAAAAGAUCGCCCUUCUCAAACAAUUCCUAUCGCAGUUGAUCAAGAAAGAUCUGCAGCUGCCCUUGCUGGAGCAUAAUGUGUUGAACGUGCUGGCUGAUUGGAUCUCACCACUACCCAGCAAAGCGCUGCCAUGUUUGCAGAUUCGUGAAGGCAUUCUCAAGAUGUUGGGGGAAUUCCCUACCAUAGAAAAAUCGUACCUUAAGCAGUCUGGCAUCGGCAAGGCGGUCAUGUAUCUGUACAAGCAUCCAGACGAAACGAAUGCAAACCGCAAGCGAGCCGGAGAAUUGAUCCACGGUUGGUUUCGAACGAUCUAUAAUGUUAAUACCGAAUUGAAAGCGAUGUCUCGUGAAGAACGCCAGCAGCUUGAAAUGAAACAAAUGCCUACUAACAAGCGCAAAACGAUGGACAGUCUGCCAUCCGCAGGAUUUGAUCAACUAGACGAGGCCCUAUGGUUAGACAAGGGAGAAAGAGACACUGGGCACCCGGGCGAUAGAGACUGGGUAGGGCGGGCACGUGUUCCGAUGCCGUCCGACAAAGCGUACGUUGUGCGACCAAAAUCGAAAAUUGAUGUUGAUAUCUGUACAGCGUCAAAAAAACAGCUGAAUCGCUAUGAAAAGCAUCUCAAAAUGUUUAACGACCAGAAAAGAAAGAGCACAAUGCGUCCUUUGGUAAAUCUAUCCAACGGGAGCCGAAAUUUGGGUGGCUAGAGAGGCUAGAUUCCUCCACAGAACGCUCGGUGUAGUUCAAGUUUCAUAUGGAUCUAAAGCAAAAAUGGAUUUUUUUAGGUAAAAUAAAUAAUAAUAAUAUCUUA